AUGUCUGCCUGCGCUGCGGCUUGUCCAACCACUCACGCACAGUCAAACAUCCUUCAAGUUUCAAUCACCACUACCAAUUCAGAAACUGCCACGAUGCCUGUCCCCAUGAACUCCGCAACCACCGACAAGUCCACCGCAUCGUCAGCGACAGCACAAACCGCCCAAAAUGCCAAUAGCACAUCUACGCAGAGCGUAGCAAGCACGUCGCACACCGAGAAGACGGAGCAAGAGAAGGAAGCUGAGAGACUGUACGAAGAGCGUAUGGAGGAGGAAUACGCCAAGCGCGAGGGCGGUGCUUAGCCACAUUUACAUCGCAAUAAGUCAUUUCAAAUCUUGACUUUCUAAGAGUCGCUUCGGUACAAGAAUGAUACCCCUAAUAAAAUACAAUACAAUUCUCCUCGCAGAA